AUGUAUCGCAUCUAUUCAUUUAAUUUCAUUAUUGGAGUGCUGCUAAUACAUCCAGAAUUUGCAACAUCACACUGCUCUCAGAAAACUAACGAGGCUGUUCAAAAGUGCGUACAACCGAUUACUCAGUAUGCUAAGGUUCUUAAUCAAGAGGAUGAACAAAAUGCUUCAAAUGCUGUAAAGAACAGCUUUGAUCAAGCGAUUGCAUUACCAAAAAUUGGGCGAUACGUAUUUCGUGAACUUUGCAGGUUAGUUCGAAAUUUCAAUGAAUGCGUUUACAAGUUUCGCCAACAAUGUCCAGAACAUAUUACAGUAAGCCUCAUUGAUGCUUCAUACGGUUUCUUAUGUAACGAAGGAUAUGAAACAUUUAUGGGAAGUGCUGAAUGCUUAGUUGAAUUAGAUCGACAGCCAACAGUAAAAAAAUGCCAUGAAAUUACUUUAAAACAUAUUGAAGCAGCUAAUGAUCAACUUAACACAGCUACACUAACUCGUUUUGGUAAAAUGUGCCAAGCUCUCAAUUAUUUUGCCAGUUGUGUUGAACAACCGAUAGCAUAUGGUUGUGGUGCUGAAGCUUGGACAAUGAUAUUUCGAAUCCUCAGGGAUACAACUAACACUCUUUUGCCAAAAUGUCUAUUUACAGGACAUUCCAUUUUAACGGAGAAUUUUCCGCCUUCUCAAUCAGAAGGAGCAUCAAAUGAUAAGGCAGAAAUUAUUUGGUCCAACGAUGGUGUGACAACGGGUUCAAUAUCUGAGAUGAAUAAUGAUAACAGCGGAAAGUAUACCGAAGAAUUAUCAUCCAAGUAUAUUGCUGAUUCAAGAAGUACAUCAAAUAACCAGGAUGAAAGAUCAAGAAGUGAAAUUAGUGGACAUGUUUUUAUUGAUAAGGAUACUGAUAUUAGUUAUUAUGAUAAUGGAAGUGAUAAUCUUGAAGAAGUUGCUAACAGUAAUAAUUUUUUGGCAGUUAGCUCAUCCAAUCCUUCCCAUCUUAUCACUCUUGUGCUUGCACAAUUUGCAUCGCUUGGUUGGCUUAUUUUCAUAUUUUGCUAA